AUGGCUCUGAUACAAUUUGGAAGUACAUGCGCUCCUCAAUUUGCAGGGAGAGCUUACAUUCCGAGCAGAGUCGAACAAAAUUGUUUCAUGAGCCAAAUAAACUGUUUGGGAGCUUCAAAGUCGAGUUUGUUCUCACAUGGCUCCUUGCCCUUCUUGUCAAGAAUGUCUAGAAAUAUACAAAACCGCAGAGGAUCUUGCUUCACUGUUAGAGCUGAUGCAGUGCGUGUUCCUAUUCUCUACACUUUUGCAGAUUGCUUAGAUCACACUACUAUUAUAUGGUCUUGGUUGAUUGUGUUCAAAUUCCAGGUUUACUAUUCGGUUCUCGGAGUUUCAGAAAAUGCGACCUUAUCUGAGGUUAAAAGCGCUUAUCGGAAACUAGCUUUGGAUUACCAUCCGGAUGUAAACAAGGAUCCUGAUGCAGAAGCGAAAUUCAUAGAAAUAAGUGAUGCAUAUGAGGUGUUAUCAGGUGAAAUAAAAUCUUUUGCCAAUAGGUAUUGUGAGGAAGCCGGCGUGGAGGAUAGUUCAGAGGAUAUGUAUGGAGUUGAAGUCCCCAAGAGGAGCUUUUGCGAUCUGUAUUCUUUAAAGACCCUUGAAGCCAGAUGUGCAACUUGCGGUGGACAAGGUCAAGUGUAUUCAUCAUCAAAAACUAUCAUCGGCGUGGUCCAACAAGCCAUGACUUGCUCUUCCUGUAGCGGCACUGGUCAUGUCUUGAUCACCUUGUAA